GUUGUUCUUUUUUUAGUCUUUUUUUACUCUACUCUUUUUUUCUACUUUUUUAUUGCUUUUUUGCUUUGGUGUUUUGUGUGUGGUUUUUAGACUGACCGAUCCAAACUACAUAUAAACUCUCAUCGCCUAAAUGAGUAAACGACUACGAUUGAAAGCUCUGUUCAAUCGGGAGGCGAAACAGAGGCUCAACGAUGAGGAGCAAUCGAGAGAAUUACGACGGACAGAGUCGACGUCCUCUUAUAUGCAGCAACGUCGAAAAAUAUACGUCAAUAUGCCUCUGCCUCAUUACGAGUACGAUGACAAGGGCAACCGAAUCAAAGAACAUUAUGUUCCCAACCGCAUUCGUACCGCCAAAUACACCCCGCUGUCCUUUAUACCAAAAAAUCUAUUUGAACAAUUUCGCAACGUCGCCAAUCUUUAUUUCUUAUUUCUUGUCAUUCUUCAAUGCAUACCUUUAUUCGGCGUCACCGAACCCGCCGUUUCAGCAUUACCUCUUAUUGCCAUCCUGAUCAUCACAGGUCUUAAAGACGGUAUCGAAGAUUGGAAACGAAAUCAAAGCGAUCAACGAGUCAAUCACGCCAAGACAUUGACCCUCAGUCAUUGGCGUAACGUCAAUGUUCCUCAAGGUCCACAAGGGUCUUGGCAGUUCCUUUACGUGGUUCUGGGCUUCUUUUGUUCAUUGGCCGGCGUCGACAAUCGUUACUCUCACGCUUACCGCUUGGCCUCCGUCAAAGAUAAACCCAUCAAACGAGCCGACGUCGAUUUCGAUGAAAAAGCACCAUUGACCGAACGCACGCAACAAGCGCCUCGUUCCGAACCUUACCGUCCGUCACCGACUACUGUCCCCGACAAUACGUAUCUCAAAGUCAAUGAUGAGCGAAUACCGCAGCCUCCUCCCUCGAAAAAGAUGUUUUCCACCGUUCGCCAGCGAUCCGAUACACUGCGGUCCGAACUGAGCAACAUCUUCAAACCGAAUCCCAAUCGUCGUGAAAAGUUUUAUCGUCCCGGAAGCAUUCCCCAUUCCGUUCUGUAUCGAGCGCCAUCCCAGAACCGUCGGCCCUCGACCAUCAACCCGGGUGGCAGCGGAUGCGGUGAUUUGGCUCCCGGCGACCCUCCUUCGCCAAACUGUAAAGUUUGGUGGCAAGAGAUCUCGUGGCAGGAUGUCAGUGUAGGCGAUUAUAUCAUGGUGCGCAACGACGAAGACGUUCCGGCCGAUAUUGUAAUUCUAUCCACUUCUGAAACUGAUAAUUUAUGUUAUAUUGAAACUCAAAAUCUCGAUGGCGAAACCAACCUCAAAGUACGGCAAGGUUUGAAUGCCACAGGCGAUCUUCGCACCGUCCACGAUUGUGAACGCGGUCGAUUCUAUAUCGAAACCGAACCACCGCAUGCCAACAUUUACCAAUUCAAUGGCGUUCUUCGAUGGGAAAUUGAUCAGCCCGAUGAAAACGAGACUACCGUUUCCCACCAAAAGACCGAAGCCGUUACUUACAGCAAUUUACUGCUUCGUGGUUGCGUAUUGCGAAACACUCGAUGGAUGAUCGGCAUCGUAGUGUAUACAGGCGAUGAUACCAAGAUUAUGAUGAAUUCCGGAAGAACGCCUUCCAAACGCAGUAAGAUUGCUAAAGCCACGAAUCCACAUGUCAUUGCAAACUUUGGUAUUCUUGCCGUCAUUUGUAUCAUUUCAUCCAUCAUGUCCAGUGUCCAGUUUGAUGCAAGUGGGUCGUCCCGGUAUUUUGAUUACGGCAUUGAAGGCACCAGUCGUCAUUUUCUCGGUUUCAUCACUUUUUGGGUGACCUUGAUUUUGUAUCAGAACAUUGUCCCCAUUUCCUUGUAUAUAUCCGUCGAAAUUGUAAAAACACUGGCUGCGUAUUUUAUCUAUGCCGAUAUUGAUAUGUAUCACGAAGAGACGGACACGCCGUGUAUUGCGAAAACCUGGAAUAUUUCAGACGAUUUGGGUCAGAUCGAGUAUAUCUUUUCCGACAAAACGGGCACCUUGACGCAAAACGUGAUGGAGUAUCGCAAAUGUACCAUUAAUGGCGUCGCCUAUGGUCUUGGCAAAACUGAAGCCAUGAUGGGAGCUGAGAUUCGUGAAAAAGGCAAGGUCAGUGAAUCUUCGGACACGGUGCCGAAUGUGGACGACGACACCGAUCAGCUGGAAAUCGCGAAAAAGGAAAUGUAUCAGAAGCAAGCCGAUUUGUUCGACAAUCCUCACUUGGGUCCCAAUCCCACCUUUAUCGACCCUAAACUUUUCGAUGAUCUUGCCAAAAAGGACAGCCACGCCACCUCUCUGACCCACUUCUUUUUAACCCUUGCCUUGUGUCAUACUGUGAUCGCUGAGCGACCAGAUGAAGAAAACAAGGAUGCCAUUGAAUUCAAAGCGCAGUCCCCCGAUGAAGCAGCCCUGGUGGCCACAGCGCGAGAUCUGGGAUUUGUCUUUCUAGGCCGCGAAUCCAAUGUGCUUUCCGUCAAUGUCAUGGGUGAAUUGAAGACGUUCGAUUUACUGAAUGUCCUUGAAUUCAACUCAGCCCGCAAACGUAUGAGUGUUAUUGUAAAACCUCGUGACAGCGAUCGCAUCGUCCUUCUCUGUAAAGGUGCCGACUCGGUCAUUUACGAACGUCUCUGCAACGACUUUGGUGAUCAACUGGAACUGGAAAAAGCACAACGACAACUCCAGGAACACACCAGCUCUGAUCUCGAAGAAUUCGCCAAUGAAGGUCUUCGUACAUUGUGUCUUGCGUAUCGUUUCAUCGCCCCGGAAGAGUACAAAUCAUGGAAUCGACGAUUCCAGGAGGCCAGUGCGAGUAUCCACGGUCGCGAGGAAAAGUUGGAUGAAGUAUGUGAAGAGAUUGAGCGAGACAUGCUGUUAAUGGGUGGUACCGCUAUUGAAGAUCGUCUGCAAGAAGGUGUUCCUGAAACCAUUGCCGAGUUGUCUCAGUCCGGUAUCAAAUUGUGGGUUUUGACGGGCGAUAAAUCGGAAACGGCCAUCAAUAUUGGUUACUCCUGCAAUUUGAUUACCCCGGAUAUGGACCUGUUGAUUGUCAAAGGACAGACACGCGAGGAAACAAACAAACAGCUGGACGAUGCGUUGAGCUCCACAGACGAUGAUGAUCUAUCAAAAAAACGAGCUCUGGUCAUUGACGGCAUGACGUUGAAAUACGCGCUUGAACCGAAAACGAGACACAAGGUGCUGGAACUCGGUAUGCGAUGUGCCAGUGUGAUCUGUUGUCGUGUCAGUCCAAAGCAGAAAGCACAGGUCGUGACCCUUGUCAAGAAAGGAUUGAAAGUGAUGACCCUGGCUAUCGGUGACGGUGCCAACGACGUAUCAAUGAUUCAAGAAGCGAACGUGGGUAUUGGUAUUUCGGGUGUCGAAGGUCGACAAGCCGUCAUGGCGUCCGACUAUGCCAUUGCUCAGUUCAGAUAUCUACGUAAAUUGUUGCUCAUUCACGGACGUUGGUCUUACCUCCGAACUGCCGAAAUGAUCAUGGGUUUCUUUUUCAAGAACAUUGUAUGGACUUUUGUCCUUUUCUGGUACCAAAUUUUCUGUCAGUUUAAUGGUACUAUGAUGUUUGAUUAUGCACUGGUCACAUUAUAUAAUCUUGUUUUCACGUCGUUGCCGAUUAUCUUUUUGGGUAUCUGGGAUCAAGAUCUCAGCGCGCGCAUCUCGUUAUGCUAUCCGGAAUUGUAUCGCAUGGGUAUCCGUAACGACAAGUUUAAAGUGUGGCGAUUCUGGAUGACCAUUGUCGAUUCCAUUUUCCAGUCCACCGUGUGUUUCUUCUUCCCGUACAUGUUACUGCUCGGAGGUUCGCCGGAUCCGAACGGAUAUAGUCAAAAUGGCGUUUACGAGAUCGGCACCAUCGUUUCAAGUAUUACCGUAAUCGUGGCCAACUUGUUUGUCGCUUUCUCCUUGUACAGUUACACAUGGAUCCAGGUGUUGAUCAUCUCGCUUUCCAUCCUUGUUUACUAUGCCUUUGUCGGUGUCUAUUCUUGCUUCAACACCUUCAUCUUCGCAGGGCAAGCACGGCUAUUUGGCACGGGUCUUUAUUGGCUUACACUCAUGCUCACCGUCGUUGCCUGCUUUAUCCCACGCGUAUCGGCAAAACAUUACAUUCAUCAAUAUAUUCCUUACGACAACGAUAUCGUCCGUGAAAUAGAACUCGUUCAACACGAUGGACGAGUAGAAAAGAAAUCCACGGAUGAUCAGACGAGUGACAGAUAGAUAAUAUUCCCUCCUGUCAAGAUUGUCUUUCACUCUCCCAGAAUAUCUUUUCCUCCUGUCAUCCUCCCCUUUCCUCUAAUGUCAUGUAUUUGUAGUAUCUUUUUUUAUUUGGUUUAUUUGUUGUUUUUUCUUUUAUCUUCGUAUCUCAUUCUACAUCUUCCCAACUUUUUUUUUCUUAGAGCAAUCUGCAAUGUAUGAAUAACAACAAGGAUAUUUAAACAUAAAAAUAUUUUAAUUGUAAUAGAACAGUG